AUGUCUAAUAUGAUCCAUAUUCCAUAUUUUUUCGAUAACAAUAAAAUUACGACUCUCAAUAGAUCAUCAAUUGAAAGUCAGUCCGAACCGCAAGAAGUUUCUAUUCCCCUACUUCAAACAACUUCUUCAAACGACUGUCAAUCUCAAACAUUCCUCCCGCAAAAUAAUUUGAAUCAUGUGGAACACACGACAGCUGUUAAUAAUUUAUCAUUGGUUGAUCCGAAUGUUUUAGAGGUGCUAAAAAAUUUUUGGUGUUACAUUACGACUUUAUCUCAUAACCAAGCAACAGCAUAUCACAAGAAUAUUGCUGCAGUUCAUGCACAAUAUCUUUCACAUUUAUCAAUUCCUAAUUCUGGUUAUAUGCUUAGUGAAGAUUUCACGCGGCAGGAGAUGGAAAAGAUCACUGCAUCAUACAAUACGUCACAACUAUCCCUAGACAACCAGCCCACAUUACCAAACCCGGUAAAUCAAAAGCCUUCUGUGUAUACAAAAUGGACAGAACAGGAAGAUGAAUUACUUCGUGAAGCUGUUCAAAGAUACGGUCCACAUAAAUGGUCAUUAAUUGCAACCCAUGUUCCAAACAGAACUCCCAUGCAAUGUUCUGCUCGGUGGGUCGGCGCUUUAAAUCCGUCGGUCCUUAAAGGUCGUUGGACUUCGGUGGAAGACGUUGCACUCACUGAAACGGUAUCUCGUUAUCUUAAUGCGGUUGACUCCCAAGGGAAUCCUCAGCCAAUACCAUGGAAUAAAGUUUCUAAACAGAUUCCACAAAGAACUGGCGCUCAAUGUCAAGCGCGUUGGACAGAAGCAUUAGAUCCUCGUAUUAAAAAAGGAAAAUGGUCUCCUAGUGAAGAUAGUAUACUGAAAGAAGGUGUAAAGAUUUAUGGUCGUUGUUGGAUUCGGAUCGCCGAAAUGAUUCAAGGUCGAACACAGAGGCAAUGCCGCACUCGAUGGCUUCAAAUAAAAAAUAAAUUAUCGAAACUUAAGAACAACGAAAGUAACAUCAUUAUGUCUGUUACUCCGACCGUGCAAUCGUGUGAUAUAAAUCCCAUUUUAACCCCACCAAUCACACCGUCAACCUCAGCGCAACAAAUUAAAGUUGUUCAAGCAAUGCAACAUCAUACUGGAUCUUUCGGUCCAACAAAUAUUGCCUUAUUCGAAGCCAAUGAAAAUCCGGUUGGCAUGUUUCCUAGUCCUAUCACCCCGGGUUUUCCUAUUAAUGUCAAUGAAAAUUUAUUUUCAAAUUACACCAUCAAUCCUCUCGACAAUCAAAUUACUUACCAUAAUUCACCGGAGGCUACUGCUCUCUGUUUUUAUAACGUCUACAAUAACAAUAAUGCGACAAAAAACAAACCUCAAUUAGGAAUUUCAAAUCUCAUUGAGAUCGUAAACCAUGUUCCCAUUGGUGAUUCUAAAAAUAUUCUAGGUGCAUACAUCACGAAUUCUUUAAAAAUAAAUGUUUAG